GGGAGGCAGGAUUUGUGCUGGGUCAUGGCGGACAGGGGGGAGUUAAAUAUGUGGAGAGGAGAGGAGUUGGCACCUGGGCAGAACUGGAAGAUCUGAAAAUGUACACCGGUGGGAAUGAACGCUCAAGCUGGCUGGCUCUGAAGCAGGUUGUUGACUUAGGUGUAUUGAGGAAUCAACUUAAAAAGCAGAUUGGGAUCAAUUGGAGAGGGUCUUUUCAUUGACAAGGACCUUGCAUUUUUGAUUAGGACAUAGUGGGAUGAGGUUGGUAUCUUUAGAAGCCUCAUCUGGCAAGAAGGGAGAGUGACCAGAUGCACCAAGACCAGUUAGAGGGCUGCCUGGUGAGAAGAAAUAAAAGCCUGAACUGUAUCACCGCGGUGAGGAAAGCCGGCUACCCUUUGUCAGCAGCCCCAAGGAGACAUCUACGUGGUAAUGGUAACCACCCCGUCCCUGCCCAGCAGCCAUUGAGGAAUGGAGGCUUGCCAGCAGCCACAUGAAUGAGUUUACAAGUGGAUUCUUUCCCCGACUAAGCCUUGAGAUGACUGAACCUUGCGAUGAUUGUAGCCCCCUCUGAUAGCUUGGCUGUAAUCUCAUGAAAGACCCUGAUUCAAAACCAUCCACCUAAGAGGCUCCCAGAAUUCUGACCCCGAGAAACUACCUCUAGUGUUUCAGAGAGUGACCCAAGUUAAAACAGCUCCCACGGAACCUGAUCAGGUAUAGAGAAGGAUGAAGUGGGGGAAAUCUUUACCUCUAUUUCCCAACUGGUCCGCAAAUCCCAGAGAGUACAUUUAUCCUGAAGAUGAGAGCCAUGGAUUAUUACAGAAAAUAUGCAGCUGUCAUUCUGGCCACAUUGUCUGUGUUUCUGCAUAUUCUCCAUUCCUUUCCUGAUGGAGAGUUUGCAAUGCAGGGCUGCCCAGAAUGCAAGCUAAAGGAAAACAAAUACUUCUCCAAGUUGGGUGCCCCAAUUUAUCAAUGCAUGGGUUGCUGCUUCUCCAGAGCAUAUCCCACUCCAGCAAGGUCCAAGAAGACAAUGUUGGUCCCAAAGAACAUCACCUCAGAAGCCACAUGCUGUGUGGCCAAAGCAUUUACCAAGGCCACAGUGAUGGGAAAUGCCAAAGUGGAGAACCACACGGAGUGCCACUGCAGUACUUGUUAUUAUCACAAAUCUUAAUGUUUUGCAAAGAGCAUGUUGAUGACUGCUGAUUUCCUGGAGUGAAAAAUUAAUUUUUUCAGUGUUUAUGGCCUUGUGAGAUAAAACCCUCUUUUUCCUUACCAUACUCCUUUUGGCAUGCUUCGAGGAUACUGCAGCUUUAUUGCCUUUCUCUUUAUCCUACAGUAUAAUCAGAAGUCUAGUUCUUUUCAUUUGGAGUGAAGUACAGCAUUUAGCAUGACCAUAAAAAGUUAGUUCCUCUGCAAAUAAAGCCUUUUAAAUCAUCA